GGCUCAAGUUUAGAACUCGCCUAGCACCCUCUCCUCUUACUUCGUUCUUACAUUCUAUUUCGACUUAGGGUCCCGAAAGCAAGCGGCACCCUCUCUCUGUCUUCAUCUCUGUUAUAUUGCAUUCCAGAAUUCAAGAAAUGGAGACCUUCCUAUUCACCUCGGAGUCAGUGAACGAGGGACAUCCGGACAAGCUCUGUGAUCAGAUCUCUGACGCGGUCCUCGAUGCCUGCUUGUCACAGGACCCCGACAGCAAGGUCGCCUGCGAGACCUGCACCAAGACCAACAUGGUCAUGAUCUUUGGUGAGAUCACUACCAAAGCCAACGUUGACUACGAGAAGAUCGUGCGUGACACCUGCCGUGGCAUCGGUUUCACGUCUGAUGACGUGGGUCUCGAUGCUGACAACUGCAAAGUGCUAGUUAACAUUGAGCAACAGAGCCCUGACAUUGCCCAGGGUGUUCAUGGCCAUCUCACUAAGAGCCCUGAGGAAAUUGGUGCUGGUGAUCAGGGCCAUAUGUUUGGCUACGCCACUGAUGAGACUCCUGAAUUGAUGCCUCUGAGCCAUGUUUUGGCAACCAAGCUUGGUGCUCGCCUCACUGAAGUGCGCAAAAAUGGAACUUGCCCUUGGCUCAGGCCUGAUGGCAAGACUCAAGUCACCGUUGAGUAUUACAACGAUAAGGGUGCCAUGGUACCUGUUCGUGUGCACACUGUGCUUAUCUCCACUCAGCAUGAUGAGACAGUCACUAAUGAUGAGAUUGCCGCUGAUUUGAAGGAGCAUGUCAUCAAGCCGGUUAUUCCUGACAAGUAUCUUGAUGAGAAGACUAUUUUCCACCUUAAUCCAUCUGGGCGUUUUGUCAUUGGAGGUCCUCAUGGUGAUGCUGGUCUCACUGGUCGCAAGAUCAUUAUUGAUACUUAUGGAGGAUGGGGUGCUCACGGUGGUGGUGCUUUCUCUGGGAAGGACCCUACUAAGGUGGAUAGGAGCGGUGCUUACAUUGUCAGGCAGGCUGCAAAGAGCAUUGUUGCUAAUGAGCUUGCUAGGAGGUGCAUUGUGCAGGUUUCCUAUGCCAUUGGUGUGCCUGAGCCUUUGUCUGUAUUCGUAGACACUUACGGCACUGGAAAGAUCCCAGACAAGGAAAUUCUGAAGAUUGUGAAGGAGAACUUCGAUUUCAGACCUGGAAUGAUUUCUAUCAAUCUUGAUCUUAAGAGGGGUGGCAAUGGCAGGUUUUUGAAGACUGCUGCCUAUGGGCAUUUUGGUCGGGAUGACCCAGACUUCACAUGGGAGGUUGUCAAGCCACUCAAGUGGGACAAGGCCCAGGCAUAAUUGAAGCUUCUUCAAUUAUUUAUGGGCAUUUUUGUCAUUUUACGCUUGAUUCAGUGGCUGAUGCUCUCUACCAUUCGAGUCUGCCUUGUCACAAUUUACUUCAUUUUUGUUUGUUUUCAUGUGUGCUCUUGAAAUUUCAUUAGAUUUAUAUUUAUAAUAAUUAUUAAAUAUGAGAGAUGAGGAGUGAAAUGCCAAUGGGAAGAUUAUGUACUUAUGUUAUUGCUGUUUAAAGAUAAUAACAUAAAACCUGAAGUAAUUGGCAGCAGAGCCGCAGCAACAUGAAAAAUUCUUUGUCCUGUGUCAAUGGAUGGCAUUGGAGAUUAAA